GUCAGAGAAACAGACAUCCGAAACAAAGACAUUGAACAAGAAGGGGAAAAACAAGGGAUUUGAUUUUCAAAACGAGACUCGGUCGAUCCAAAAGCAAAAGGCGCUGCGCUCGAGCCAGCUUGCCCCCGUGCGACACGGUAAUUGGGCUGUCGAGCUCAAUCAAUUGACUUUUUUCUUCCUUUGCUUUUUCCUGCCUAUAUUACCUUUUAAUAUUGGUCAAAAAGCCCGCGGAUAUUGGUGGUGAGCGGGUAUAUAGAUUCGGUGUUGUGGCGUGCGAAAGAUAGUGGCAGUAAUGGACUACGCCGCAUGCAACAUUGUCUACGUGGAUCGCAGAGCUCUCGAGGACAAAUUGGUGCGAAGAGAGGAUGUGGUGUCAAAUGUCUCGACCUUGGAAAAUUCGGCCCCGACCACGGAUGGCGCGACGACACCACGAGCGAUCAAUCCGGUUGAUAAUAAUGUGAACAUCUUAUUGACGUCUUUCACCGAAGUUCACGUGUGUACCUCGGGCAAGUCCUGCAUGUCGAAAGUUUCCGACCUGAAUCGCGAAUCGACCGUGGAUUUAAUACCGACCCUCGUUUUAAUAGAGAUCCCGCAUGACGAUCAAGUCAAUGAGCGACCUGCAAGGGAUGUCCGGACGCCGUCGCCCAGUUCCAAGCAACAGAAUGAUGGGAUGCUGGAUGAUGAUUUUGGGGAGGUGUAUGGAAUACAAUUGUUACAAUGGGUCGCAUCCGAAAUUCAACAACAUCGCUUCUCGAAGCUCGUCGUCCCGGUCGCCGUGGUCUCCUCGUCGGAGCCAAGUCUUUCGAUAGGCUCGGCAAAAAAUCGUAUGAGUUCGAGGUCGGAACCCGCUCCUGCAACCGGAUAUGAUAUGGGCAAACAAAAUCGAAAAUCGACCGGCAUCUACAUUCCACUGGAUCAGAGACGGACCAUGAAACUUUUAGACAUUGGAGCUUUGGAUGUCAUAACCAGUCCUCUUUUACUAGAACGAUUACCCAGUUUGGCAGUACAUGCAUAUCGCGCGCACAAAGAUGCAUCCAAGGACCAGAGAGUAUUGUUGGAAAAGAAGAGGGGAAGGAAGCGCUCGUGGGUUGGUGUUGAGGAUCAAAAACCUUAUGCAUAUUUAAGAGAAGAAAUGGUAUCUAGAUUGAUGGAAGGAAUUUGCACGCUUAAUAGUGAAGAAGUAGAAGAAUAUGGCCAAUGGAGAGUGACGGUUUCAUUAGAUCGGAGAGAAUUGAUCGCUCAGGCCAUUAGUUCUUGGCACUUUUCGGCUCAUGAUUUUGAGGACGAUGAACUUCUUUACGCAUCAUCACUAAUGUUCCAGCAUGCACUCUCGGUACCAGAAUUGGAGAAGUGGCGGAUUUCUACAGAAAACCUGACCGCAUUUCUCAUCACCAGCCGAGAAGCAUACAAUAGUUUUGUACCGUAUCAUAAUUUCCGUCACGUCGUCGAUGUUCUUCAAGCCAUAUUUCACUUUCUCGUCCGGUUAGGUAAUCUUCCUGAAUAUCCACCCAGCCCAGAUGGGACGGCGAGUCAAAAAUCAUCGCCAAUUGCCGAACUCAUUCGACCAUUUGAUGCUCUUACCUUGAUGAUUACUGCCAUUGGCCACGAUGUAGGUCACCCUGGUGUCAACAAUGCAUUCCUUGUACAUCUAAAUGCACCACUCGCUCAACUUUAUAACGAUCGAUCCGUCCUUGAGUCGUUCCAUUGCGCAGCUUACUCUCAAAUAUUGCGUCGUCAUUGGCUCGCGGCUUUCGAGGAGCGUGAUAUGCGACAUCUCAUGAUAAGCACAAUCUUGGCAACAGAUAUGGGUUUGCAUUUCGAUUACAUGAAGAAGCUUGGCUAUCUUCAGGAAAAGCUACAUGAGAAUGGUGGUGUUACUGACGGUUGGAAUGGUCGAACGAUCGAAGAUCAACGAACACUCGCCUGCUCUCUACUAAUCAAGUGUGCAGACAUAAGUAACGUGGCACGAAAAUUUGAUACCGCAACUCGAUGGACCGAAAUAUUGACUGAUGAGUUUGCUCGUCAAGCAUCCAUGGAACAAGAUUUGGGUAUACCAACGGCCCUGUAUGCGGCCCCUGUUCGAGAAGUCAUUGGACUUGGCAAAUCUCAAAUAGGUUUUAUGAAUAUGUUUGCCAUACCAUUAUUUGGUGGUGUGACUGAUGUCAUGCCCGGUAUGGCAUUUUGUGUCGAGGAAUUGGAGCGAAAUAAAGCUGCCUGGGAAAGCAGGAUAGCUUUAGAACAAGAGAGAAUGAGGCAAGAAGAUGGUUUCUUAGGCCUUCCUGACAGUAUGCACUCAGGCAUGCGCUCUCCCCGUACGAUGAGUAUUGCCCAGCCAUCUCAAGAUGAAUCUUCUAGCCAAGAUGUCACCUCGAGAUCAGGUGAACCCUCAAACAUUCGUGUCCAAGCAAUGCUUAACAAAGGCCCAUUUCGACAAUAUUCAAAUGAUGAAUCGCCCAAAGGUACGAAACAGGGAACAGUAGAACUUCCCCCGUCAGCGACCUUGCCUGAUCGAAGAUCAUCAAAACCCAGUUACCUUCAACUGAGUUACGCAACCGCAAGUGCGCCAGGACUUCUCGACCACCCUAGCCAGGACGUAGAAAUCUUUGCUAAUGGAGAUCGACAAAUCAAUGGCGUACUAGUUCAGCCAUCCCUUUCCACAGAUGUGGUAGUGGUAGAUCCACCCACACCUAAAGAAUUCAUCCCGCCAAACCAAAGAAUUAGUGAAACUACAACUGAGGGUAGCAACUCAGGUUCUGCUGGAGAAUGGUCUGCAGGUACAACAACGAACAACAAAAGCCCUUUUUCACCUAGUACUCAAGCGACGAGCUUUGCGAGCGAAGAUUCGAAUCACGAUAGAGCUGUCACACCUACUCAUGCAUCCCCACUAAUUAAUAGUUCGAGUCAUUCUUCCGCAGGCUAUGAUAAAUCUAAUCAUUCUACAAACGAUGGGUCGAGUUUGCCCGAAGCGAGUUCGGAUCUUAAAGUCUUGGCGGAGACGGGGAGAAAUUUGAAAAAGAAACCCAGCCGGUUCAGAAUGAAUGGAUUACAUUUCUGGAAGAGGAAAAAUGGUAAUCCACCAAUGCCAGCCGGGAUGCCGGAUAAGCAGGAGUCUGACGGGACGGCGGGUUGACGCGAAGUAAAAAAAAAAAGGAGUAACACGAGAAUGAAAUACACAACUCGACGAAUUCACUGACGAUAAUGUUUUGAGAUGAGAUUAAGAUUUUGGUAUGGCAAUCGGGGAUGUUUUGUUCAGGUUCUUGUUUGUAUGAUUAUUUUAUUUGUUUCUGUACAUUGUACACGAUGUGGUCAUUUGUUUUUGAGGUAUUUCUUUCGAAUCUUGCCACCUCAAAGGGUAAACGAGGAAUUAAAUACCUCUGUGUUUAUGGGUCUAUUCAAAACAAAGACGGGAUCGGCGUUUUAACUUUUCUUUCCUUUUUUUUUUUUUUUUUUUUUCACCUUCUUCUUCUUCUUCUUCUUCUU